AUGCUCAACGUUACAGCAGUAGUUUUCCUCUGUGGGCUUGCCCUCAUUAGUGCCGCGAAUUCUAGAGAAGAAGAUGUCCUGCCGGAGCUACAGCACCUUAACCAACUUAGUCCCAUGGCCUUGGAGUUUGCUGAGCGUUUUCAGGACUUGAAGCCCAGUGAGGAGGAAACGAUAAGUGAAGAGGAUCAGCUGUGCCUGGAUGAUUUGGCUGCUUUAACGGCGGGACUUCAAAGAUUCCAAAUGUGGGCAUUGAAAAUGAUGGAUUCCUGGGGCUCCACUCCCUCGGGUCAACUAACUGGCAACUUGUACGACCUGGGAAACUUCGACGAGUGUCUCAAUAUUCGAAAGGAAAUCAGUAAGGAGGGAAGUCCAAACCGAACUAUUCAAGGAAAAUACUGCUUUCGCUCAGUGUAUCUAGCCAAAAGUGCGACUUGCAUACCCGCGUCCUGUUCGGCGGUUCAUAUGAAAAAGUAUAUGGGUCUUUCGACCCGAACGGGGACUCCCAGCACAAGUAUCACCAUCAACGAUAGCACCUGCCAGACGAGUGAACGUGAACCCUGGGAUGGACUCACCAUUUUUAUGAUCGUGAUCUUAUCGGUUUUGGCUACCCUAGUGGCUUUGUUUACACUGUGGGACUACUUUUUGGUCAAGAAUCAGGAUGAGCUACCUGCCUACGUGAAGGUCUUCUCAGCCAGGGUCAGUUCUCGAGCUCUUUUCCGGGUUGUGGAGAACAAAUCGAACCCGAAUGUGAUCGACUGUCUUCAUGGAAUUCGAUGCAUGUCUCUCAUUUGGGUGGUCUUUGGCCAUCAAUACAUAUCAUCUCUCACAUCGGCCAGUAUAAAUCUCUUUCACAUUGCUGCGUGGGAAACGACGCCCUUUGCCAGUUUCAUUCUGAAUGGCUUUUACUCGGUGGACUCGUUUUUUAUGCUCGGCGGACUGUUGGUAUCUUUGAUUACCUUGCGUUUAAUGGAUAAAACUAAGGGCAAACUAAAUGUGCCCAUGAUGUAUCUGCAUCGCAUAAUCCGCAUAGUGCCCCUUUUGGGGAUGGCCAUUUUGAUCUACAUGACACUUAUGCCCGUUAUAUCGGGUGGACCACUUUUUGUGGGUGGCUUCGCUGGAAAGGCAAACUGUGAGAAAAAUUGGUAUUUGACUUUGCUGUUUGUGAAUAAUUGGACAGAUGAUCUGUGCCUUGGCCACACUUGGUAUCUCUCGCUGGACAUGCAGCUCUUCCUCAUCUCACCCAUUCUAUUGAUAACGCUGCAUAAAUGGGGCAAGAAGGUUGCUGCAGCUAUAUUUGUCCUGAUAAUCCUGCUCUCCGGUUGCCUCUUUGCCACCAUGAUGGUCAACGACUACUCAAUGACGUACAAGAAUUUCUCCCCCGAUGCCAUGAGGGCCAUGUACUUUGCCACCCACACGCAUGCGACGCCUUGGUUGAUUGGAUUUCUUUUCGGUUACUUUUUGUAUGUAACUAAGGGAAAGAAGUUUCUGUUGAACCAAGUGGCCGUUUGGUCUGGAUGGAUUCUCUGCCUGGCGAUGCUCUUCACAUCGAUCUUUGCUCUAUAUCCGGCGGCUCAGAAGGGAGCUCCUCCGUUGACCACUUUGCAGAACUCCUUCUACUAUACACUCACCCGAUUGGGCUGGUCGUCGGCCCUUUGCUGGGUGGUCUUUGCCUGCAUGCAAGGAUAUGGGGGUCUGGCCAACAGUUUCCUCUCCACCCCGCUGUGGCAACCGCUUUCGAGGCUUUCGUAUUCCGUCUACAUAUGGCACAUGUUCAUCCAGGAGGUCAACGCGCGAAAUGUCAGGACGAAUUCAUACUUCUCGGAUUACUCAAUCAUGGUUAACUUCUGGUCGUCCUUUGGCUUCACCCUACUGUUUUCCUACAUAAUGUACCUUCUUAUCGAGGCUCCUUUUGGUGCACUUGACCAAUUCAUGCGGCCAAAAACGAAAAAUCCUCCUGUCGUCCAACAGAAAUCACAGAUAGAUGAUAACGCACCUAGUAAUCUAGAAGAACUUCAAGUAAUAACUCCAACACCUGGUGAAAAUGAGGCCCAAAAGUGA